UUCUUCUCCCUCCUCUUCUCUGGUAGGUCCACAAUGGUUGUACAGCCAGCAUCUUGCAACACAAUGGUUGCAAUACGGUGAACGGGGAGUGAUUCAGCAUUGCAAUCUCGAUUUCUAGGGUAUUCUUCAUCCAUCGCUGGGUUUUUCUUUCUUUCCAGUUAUCUCCAUCUUCACGUGUAUUAUUCUGUACGUGUAAAAGUCGUUAAAUGUCUCCCGUCGGAAUGUUUUGAACAGAACUGUCACCGGACUAGGAUCGUCGUCAGCUGGCACGGAAUGGUAUUUAUGAGGAGGGAUUUCUUCUAUUACUGCAGUGAACCUGUCCUGGAUGUGAAAAUAGCCUUUUGUCAGGGUUUUGGUAAACAAGUGGAUGUGUCAUAUAUCGUCAAACACUACAACAUGUCUAAAAGCAAAGUGGACAACCAGUUCUACAGCGUGGAAGUAGGAGAUUCCACCUUCACAGUUCUCAAACGCUACCAGAAUCUAAAACCCAUCGGUUCUGGAGCUCAGGGAAUCGUCUGUGCCGGGUCCGAUUCGGUCCUCGACAGGAACGUGGCCAUCAAGAAGCUCAGCAGACCCUUUCAGAACCAGACCCAUGCCAAGAGGGCAUACAGGGAACUGGUGCUCAUGAAAUGUGUCAAUCACAAAAACAUCAUCAGUUUAUUAAAUGUUUUCACACCACAGAAAUCACUAGAAGACUUCCAGGAUGUGUACCUGUGCAUGGAGCUGAUGGAUGCCAACCUGUGCCAGGUGAUCCAGAUGGAGCUGGACCAUGAGAGAAUGUCUUACCUGCUCUACCAGAUGCUGUGUGGAAUCAAACACCUGCACUCCGCGGGCAUCAUUCACAGGGACCUGAAACCUAGCAAUAUAGUGGUGAAAUCUGAUUGUACUCUGAAGAUCCUGGACUUUGGCUUGGCUAGGACUGCAGGCACCAGCUUCAUGAUGACUCCGUACGUGGUGACGCGGUACUACAGAGCCCCAGAGGUCAUCCUGGGCAUGGGGUACAAAGAGAACGUGGAUAUAUGGUCGGUGGGGUGCAUUAUGGGAGAAAUGGUGCGUCACAAAAUUCUGUUCCCUGGCCGGGACUAUAUUGACCAAUGGAAUAAGGUGAUUGAGCAGCUGGGCACGCCUGCGCCAGAGUUUAUGAAGAAACUGCAGCCCACCGUCCGUAACUAUGUAGAGAACAGGCCCAAAUACGCAGGCCUCACCUUCCCCAAGCUCUUCCCCGACUGCCUCUUCCCCGCAGACUCAGAGCACAACAAACUCAAAGCCAGCCAGGCCAGAGACCUGUUGUGUAAGAUGUUGAUUAUUGAUCCAGCCAAGCGGAUACAAGUGGACGAAGCUUUACAGCACCCCUACAUCAACGUUUGGUACGACCCAGCCGAGGUGGAGGCGGCCAGGGAUCUCGUCCAAAUAUCAAUGCCGCCUCCUGCUAUCUACGACAAGCAGCUGGAUGAGAGAGAACACUCCAUCGAUGAAUGGAAAGAACUAAUCUACAAAGAGGUGAUGAACUUUGAGGAGAGGACGAGGAACGGGGUGGUGAAGGGACAACCCUCUACCUCAGGUACUCUCAGUGCAUAACCUAGUCCCCUCUCACAGGUGCAGCCGUGAACAGCAGUGGUGAGAGCCUCCCUUCCCCCUCCGUCAACGAUAUCUCCUCCAUGUCCACCGACCAGACCCUGGCCUCAGACACCGACAGCAGCCUGGAGACCUCUGCAGGACCCCUGGGUUGUUGCAGGUGACUAGCAGCCUGCCUGCGUAACCCCAUGUUCUUCAGAAGGUGAAACACAAUGUCCAACCUACCUACCAACCUACCUACCAACCUACCUACCAACCUACCUACCAACCGAAACCUGAAAACGAACAAAAAUGAUAAAAAGAGAAAAAAAUGAUGAUAUGAAUGGGAUGAUUAAGGAAACAUAAAGUCAUUACUAUAAGAAUUAUGAUUCUAAAAUUUAAGCCUGCAUUUUCAUUCAAAAAUAAAUCACAAAGGUAUAACGAAAAAACUAAAAUAAACUAAAGUGAAAUAUAUUUAUUAACUUCUAGUUGCUUUACUUAUAUCUCCCCCUUAUAUGGCAUCAUAAAAAAGACAAAAAGCUUAGACAGGCAUCUUUCUGUAAAGUGUCAUUAAAACUGGCUGUUCGUUCCCCCAAUACCUUGCAAGCGUCUGUGCUUCAGUCAAUGUGGCAAGGUGUUCUCUUUUCGGUCAUUACUACACAGUACUAUAUAAACCUCCAUUCACUUCCCCCACACCUUAUGUGACGGUACCGGUAUGUUUUGAUAACCUCUAGGCUUGAACCUGGGGUUGUCUCCUGUAUGGGUGUGACAGAUAGGUGUGUUUGAAUACAGUUAUUCCUGCUAAGGGUUAGUGCUAGUGUUCCACACAGCACAGCGCCCCCUGUCUUCUGUAAAUAUGUCAUUCUGUUCAGCAGCGAGCUAGGCACACAGACGGACAGACAGACAGCGUGGGACUGAUGGCCAGUACUGGAAGUUCGUCUAUAGCGCACCUUGCCACAUGAGAUCACCGCCUUGACCUUUGUCCCCUUAACUUUUGCCCCUUGACCUUUCACCUUAGUUUAACCCCUUGCCUGUUAGACCUGCUGCAUGAUUACAAAAGCUAACUCUAAUUAUAUGAUUAAAUGACUACAGAUACUUUUGUUUAUAUAACAUAAGUAAUUGAACUUUUCAACCGGAGUGGUGGGGAAACCCAGGGAUGGGGGAGCUCUAGUUAAUGAUGGAUAGCUAUAUAUAUAUAUAUAUAUUAACAUACACACUGUAGUGAUUGGCUGCAGGAGAAGCCAUUGGGACGUACAGUACUAUCACUGUCAUCGCUGAGUAGGAUUGGGGUCAAAUUCCAUUUCAAUUCAGUCAAUUCAGAAUGGCAACUGAAAUUCCAAUUCUAAUUCCAUAUUUUCAUCAUUGAAACACAUUCAGGAAGUUUGGAAUUUGGAACUGAAUUUUUCAAUUGACUUCCUGAAUUGACAAUGGGACUGACCCCAAGCUUGUCGCUGAGCUGGAACCUUAAGUUCUCAUUUCUUUUUUGUGUUUUUUGUUGAAAUGAAAUGAUAAAAUCCCUUCUGACUGCACGCCUGCACCACGCCGCCGGGCUGUGGACCGGCCCACCCACCCACAGCCAGUCAUUCCCAAUGUCACCUACCCACCAACCAGGGUGGUCACUCACUCUGUUUCUGUGUCACUACUGUGGAGUAAAGAAGAGGAGAGAAGGAGACAUAUAUGUGUGUGUUACUAUCUGAAGAACGCUUUGGGGGGGGGGUCAAGAGGUUACCUCAUAGAAUAGUUUAGUUCCUCAAUCACAUCUGUCAUUUACAUUUAAAUGACUACUACUUACUGUAAUGACUACUACUUACUGUAAUGACUAAUGCUUACUUACUGUAAUGACUACUACUUACUGUAAUGACUACUACUUACUUACUGUAAUGACUACUACUUACUGUAAUGACUAAUACUUACUUAUUGUAAUGACUACUACUUACUGUAAUGACUACUACUUACUUACUGUAAUGACUACUACUUACUGUAAUGACUAAUACUUACUUAUUGUAAUGACUACUACUUAUUGUAAUGACUACUACUUACUGUAAUGACUACUACUUACUUACUGUAAUGACUACUACUUACUGUAAUGACUACUACUUACUGUAAUGACUACUACUUAUUGUAAUGACUACUACUUACUUACUGUAAUGACUACUACUUACUGUAAUGACUACUACUUACUUACUGUAAUGACUACUACUUACUUACUGUAAUGCCUACUACUUACUGUAAUGACUACUACUUACUGUAAUGCCAUAUUUUGUCAAAAGGGAAUCAGCUGAUAUACCGACUACCUAUAAAACCAGUAAUGUUAAAAAGAAGGAUUUUAACUGGAAGUUUAUUUAUUAUUGAUUAUUUAUUAUUUCAUAGACUGAACCUGAAUAAUGGGAAGUGCCUUGUUUGGAAUGAUGCCGUUUCCUCAUCUUAGAUAUGUAGUAAUAACAACAACGCAGCAAGCAUUGAAAUGAAGUUGGUGUCUGGUAGUGUUGAAACAUUUCUGGUAACUUUCCCAGAAGUCCCAAGUUUUCCAGAAAAUCCUGGUUGGAGGAUUCCCAGUUGGAUGAUUCCCUCCCUUUUCAUUCCCUCCUGAUCCCAGGAAUCCUCCAUCUUAUAAUCCUUCAACUUCAUGAAAACCUGUGAAGUUUGGGAAAGUUUACCAGAGAUGUUGAAACCUUAGUGUCUGGCCUGUCCUGUUCAAUCUGUUUCCGCAUGGUGCCACUGUCUGCACCUACCUGCACAUAGUCACCACUACUGACCGAUACCCAUGUCCUCUCUAUAGGAAGUACACUACAACCAUCACCAUGGAAUCGUUGCAUCUUUGACUAACUUAAUCAUGUAGAAAUUGGAACCUACUUUUUAAACACACUGGAACUGUUGUUAAAAUGCAGAUAAAGACUCAUCAUCUACAUGUUUUUCUGACCUAUAUAGUUACCUAGCAACUGAGCAGAAUACCUUCUAAGUUCUUCUGACCUAUAUAGUUACCUAGCAACUGAGCAGAAUACCUUCUAAGUUCUUCUGACCUAUAUAGUUACCUAGCAACUGAGCAGAAUACCUUCUAAGUUGUUUUGUUUUGUAUCUGUAAAUGUCUUAUUUGAUCAGUGUCCUUACAUUUCAAUAAAGGGAUGAAAUAAGAGUUU